CAACAUCUGAAAGUUUUAAACCUGUGAUCGCGGUAGGUGACGCGCGGCGAGACUGGAAGUUCCUCCAACAUGUGGAAGCGAAUAAAUUCCACAUCACGGACCGCUUCAGACUAAGACAGAUUUAGGAUUCGCUGCUGAGGGAGGGCGUUCUCUGUCACAUUCUUCUAUGGGAAGGGAAGAAAUUUAAAGAUGAGAUAGGAGACAUUAAAAGAGACUGCUGUCCCACCUUACAAGGUGUGCAAAGAGUGAAAUGCACGGGGUGUCAAGCGGCUCUCUUUUCCCAGCUCAGAAUACUGUUUUAGUGUUCAAGAGCGCUAAGACGUAAAGGUUUGGGAAAAGACUUAAGAGCUGAAAACACAAAAGGAGAAGGACAGCUAACAUUACCUUGGGAAACAGACCUAUUUCUUCUUUGAAGUGGAUGUCAAGAGUGUCAGCUGCCUGGGAAAGUGAGGACCCCUGCUCACUUGCGGAACAUCGCACUGUGGAGCUACUAAUCGUGUUGGGAUUAUUGCCAGCUUUGGAUUUUAUAAGAACAAAGAUCAUCUUCGUUUGGCUUUUACGGGAUGCAGGAUCUUGUGUGCUGCCCCUGAACUGUCUCACCCUACCCUGUGCCCUUGCCUGUGGGACCCAGUGACCAUGCUGACCGAGUCUCCCAGACCAGAAAGAUUAGAGCCCCGACCUACACUCAAGCCCGCUGUAUGCUCAGCAGCACCCUGUCUCAGCCAGCCAUGGCACAGCUCGAGGCUAACAGCUCACAUGCAAGCAAAGUGUCUGAGAUUCAGCUGAAAUGGGCUGCCUUGCUCAUUGUCAUGGUCAUCAUCCCCACGAUCGGAGGAAACAUCCUGGUCAUUCUCGCUGUGUCGCUGGAGAAAAAGCUGCAGAAUGCUACCAACUACUUUCUAAUGUCACUUGCUGUAGCCGAUCUGCUGGUGGGACUCCUAGUGAUGCCCAUUGCAUUGGUCACUGUUCUCUACAACUCUGGAUGGCCUCUUCCUGAGUUUCUCUGCCCCAUCUGGCUCUUCCUUGAUGUGCUUUUUUCUACUGCAUCCAUCAUGCACCUUUGUGCCAUUUCACUGGAUCGCUACAUUGCCAUCAAGAAGCCGAUUCAACACAGCCAGUACAAAUCCAGAGCCAAAGCGCUGGUCAAGAUCGCGCUGGUGUGGCUCAUAUCCAUUUGUAUUGCAAUUCCAAUUCCUAUUAGGGGCCUUAAGAACUACCACCUUCCCAACAACAUCACCUUCAACAGCAACCACACGUGCCUGCUGAAACCAACCACCUUCUGGGAUUUUAUCAUAUUUGGCUCUUUGUCAGCAUUCUUCAUCCCUUUGACUAUCAUGAUGGUCAUCUAUCUACUCACUGUCCAUGUGUUGCGCAAAAAGGUUUAUUUGCUCAGGUCAAAGGUCACUCAGCGUUUUAGCUCUCCGGCGGUGUCCACAGUUUUUCAAAGGGAACAGUCUAUGGCUUCAACUGAAGCCGAGCAAAUGAAUGUGCUGGACAGCAGACUUCCCCGGAUGCAGGAAAAGCCAAAUGCAGGCACCACGAUCGCUCACACGCCAUACGAACAGUCCUUUCGCAGGAUGUCAACAAUGGGCAAGAAGUCCAUGCAGACUCUGAGCAAUGAGCAGCGUGCCUCCAAGGUACUGGGCAUAGUCUUCCUCCUGUUUGUAGUCAUGUGGUGCCCUUUCUUUAUUACAAAUAUCACCUCAGUGCUAUGCAAAGGGUGUGAUCCCAACGUCAUUGCCCGGCUCAUGGAGAUCUUUGUUUGGGUGGGUUACGUGUCAUCGGGUAUUAACCCGCUGGUCUACACCCUAUUCAACAAAACUUUCAGGCAGGCGUUCACACGUUACAUCACCUGUAAUUACAGGAGCUGUGCCAGUAACCUGUCAGGAGGACAUCUGAGGCCAUCAACUGCAGAGUGGACUCUAACAAGGAUUUCAAUCAAAUCUUCCAUGGCAGAGAACUCUAAGCUAUUCAUGAAACGGGGAAUGAAGAACGGCAUUGGAGCUGUGGCCUACCAAAGUCCGCUGAGGAGUCGGCAACCACCUGUACAGUCAUCUAGUGGUGUUGUGCUAGACACAAUACUUCUGACUGAAAAUGAAGAUGAUAAGCAGGAGGAACAUGUUAGCUGCGUAUAGA